GCCGCUAGAGCGAAAGAGAGAUCCGCGCAUCUCUUAACAAAAUCUAGCGACUUCUUCUUCUGCUUCUUCCCCCGCCCUUUUGUUUCACCAAAAACAGCAAAAAAAAUGGUUGAGACCCCCUCAUCAUCUUCUUCCUCCUCCUCUUCCUGCGCUUCCUUUAGCUCUUUCGACGACGUCUCCGUCAAGUCGAACGGCGCCGUCAAGUUCCUCUGCAAUUGUGGAAAGGGAAAUAAAGGGACUGAGUUAAGAGGGGGUUUAUUUUUUUUCUUUUUUUUUUUGGUGGAUUUAACAGAGCUGCAGACGAAACUGGGGGAAUUGUGCGGCUGGGGAUCGGUGAGCCUGAGGUGCCAGCUGCCGACCGAGGAUCUCGAUGCGCUCGUUUCCAUCACGUCCGAUGAGGAUCUGGCGAAUCUGAUCGAGGAGUACGAUUUGGCGAACAGAGAGAGGGUAAAUCCCCUAAAGAUCAGAGCUUUCCUUCAUGAGCCGAUGGCGUCCUCCAAAUCCUCGAAAAGUCCCUCCCCGCCGCCGCAGGCGUCGUCGUCGUCGUCGUUGUCCCCAGUUCGGUCUCAUCGCUGUCAUCACCACCACCACCAUCAUCAUCAUCAUCAUGAUCAUCAGAUCCCGUCUGUGCCUUCGAGAUUGUACGGUCGAUCUCUGAGGGAUGCUCGAUUCGACGACAAGUAUGAUCAUCACCAGCGUCAGCAGCAUGCACAGCCGAGGAACUAUCGCUAUCUGGUGCACAAUUGAUCGAUGAUUUUGAGAGGUAAAAACAACAACAACAAAAAAACCAGAAAAAAACAAGGGGGAACCACUGCAAGCGAACUUUGAGGACAUGCGUUUGAUGUAAAACAGGGGACUGUAACCGUACUUUUCUUAAAUACAAAAAAAGC